CGCAGGCCGCGGCGGAGCUGGGGAUUAAUGGGAAAAGUUUUGGCAGGAGCUGGGGGAUUCUGCGGAGCCUGCGGGACGGCGGCGGCGGCGCGAGAGGCGGCCGGGACAGUGCUGUGCAGCAGUGUGGGUAUGCGCGUGGGACUCACUCAGAGGCUCCUGCUCACCGACAGAUGAAGACAAACCCACGGUAAAGGCAGUCCAUCUGCGCUCAGACCCAGAUGGUGGCAGAGCUAUGACCAGGCCUGCAGGCGCCACGCCAAGUGGGGGUCAGUCAUGGAACAGCCACAGGAGGAGACCCCUGAGGCCCGGGAAGAGGAGAAAGAGGAAGUGGCCACGGGUGACGGAGCCCCAGAGCUCAAUGGGGGACCAGAGCACACACUUCCUUCCAGCAGCUGUGCAGACCUCUCCCAGAAUUCCUCCCCUUCCUCCCUGCUGGACCAGCUGCAGAUGGGCUGUGAUGGGGCCUCAGGCGGCAGCCUCAACAUGGAGUGUCGGGUGUGCGGGGACAAGGCCUCAGGCUUCCACUACGGGGUCCACGCGUGUGAGGGGUGCAAGGGCUUCUUCCGACGGACAAUCCGCAUGAAGCUCGAGUAUGAGAAGUGCGAUCGGAUCUGCAAGAUCCAGAAGAAGAACCGCAACAAGUGUCAGUACUGCCGCUUCCAGAAGUGCCUGGCGCUCGGCAUGUCGCACAAUGCUAUCCGCUUUGGACGGAUGCCGGAGGCCGAGAAGAGGAAGCUGGUGGCGGGGCUGACGGCCAGCGAGGGGUGCCAGCACAAUCCCCAGCUGGCCGACCUGAAGGCCUUCUCUAAGCACAUCUACAACGCCUACCUGAAAAACUUCAACAUGACCAAAAAGAAGGCCCGGAGCAUCCUCACCGGCAAGUCCAGCCACAACGCACCCUUUGUCAUCCACGACAUCGAGACACUGUGGCAGGCGGAGAAGGGCCUGGUGUGGAAACAGCUGGUGAACGGGCUGCCGCCCUACAACGAGAUCAGCGUGCACGUGUUCUACCGCUGUCAGUCCACCACGGUGGAGACGGUCCGCGAGCUCACCGAGUUCGCCAAGAACAUCCCCAACUUCAGCAGCCUCUUCCUCAACGACCAGGUGACCCUCCUCAAGUACGGCGUGCACGAGGCCAUCUUUGCCAUGCUGGCCUCCAUCGUCAACAAAGAUGGGCUGCUGGUGGCCAACGGCAGUGGCUUCGUCACCCACGAGUUCUUGCGCAGUCUCCGCAAGCCCUUCAGUGACAUCAUUGAGCCCAAGUUCGAGUUUGCUGUCAAGUUCAAUGCGCUAGAGCUCGAUGACAGCGACCUGGCGCUUUUCAUCGCAGCCAUCAUUCUGUGUGGAGACCGGCCAGGCCUCAUGAAUGUGCCCCAGGUAGAAGCCAUCCAGGACACCAUUCUGCGGGCUCUAGAAUUCCACCUGCAGGUCAACCACCCCGACAGCCAGUACCUCUUCCCCAAGCUGCUGCAGAAGAUGGCAGACCUGCGGCAGCUGGUCACUGAGCAUGCCCAGAUGAUGCAGUGGCUAAAGAAGACGGAGAGUGAGACCUUGCUGCACCCCCUGCUCCAGGAAAUCUACAAGGACAUGUACUAAGGCCACAGCCCAGGCCUCCCCUCAGGCUCCGCUGGGCCUAGCCUCGGACUGGUCAGAGGAGCAGCCCACAGGCACUGGUCACAGUCCAAGCAGUGAGAGCCUACUCACAACACUCCAGACACACACGUGGCCCAGACUCUCCCUCCCCCUCCCCGCGCCCCAUCUCUCCUCAGCACCUCCUGUUCUUGCUGUCUCCCCAGCGCCCUUGCUCCUCCACCUUGCUUUCUCUAGCAUCCCGCUCCGCGCCUGUCAUCACAUCUGUCUCACUCAUGGCAGACAGCCCGUUGGUACUCUCACCAGCAGCCUAGAAGCAGUGGGGCCUGCGCUGGCCCAGGCCUGCCUCUCCUCUCUCUCCUCAUCAAAGACAUGAGCCAUCCAAAGAAACACUACGCUCUCUCUGGGCCCGGCUUUCCAAGAAGCCUGGCCUGGACCGACUGCCAUCCAUCCCAGCCUGUGGUCACCACCACAGGGUUCCUCCUGCAGAGAGCGAGUGGGCAGGGAGCCUGGGCCAGGAGCCAUAUUCCCAGGCUCUCAACCCUAGGCACACCACUCUCGCCCUGACACCUCCUUUCUUCUCGCUGGCCGGCUUCCCCUCCAGAUGUCCCCUCCAGAUGUGGUUCAACAGUCCCACUGAAGGGAAGGGGAUAGAGACAGGCCAGAAGGAGCAGCGGCACACUUAGGUCCCAGGGUCAGAAGCUAGACAGCGAGUGGACAGACCCUCCAUCAGCACCCCUCCUCCACCCUGUAGCAGCAUCCAGACUGGCAGAUCCCAGUACCAGGAACUGGACCAUAGCUGUUCUGUCUUCUCCUGGGAGAUGCUGGUACACCUGUCCCCCCCUCCCCAGCUGUCCCUGUGUAGCCAUGACACUGGCUCACCUCUUGGUCACCACAGAGCUCCUCCCAUGCCCUCCCCAAGGCCACUGUGGUACAGCUAUGGCCCUGUGAUCCGUGAGCAGGCAUGGAUAUCCUACCAGGUCGCCCCUGCCAGCUCACAGGCAGAGUUGCCGGGCUCCUCUGAGCCUGUCCUCCCGCCGCUCACACGUACCAGCAGCUCUGCGGCCUUCUCUUCUUUUGCCUGGCUGCUCACCAGCUCCCAUCUGCUGCUUCAGGUGGCUUGAAGCUUGCUGGGCGCUCCCAUACUCCGCCCAGCCCGGCAAAUCCUGCCUCUAGGCCCACGGAUGAUCAACCCAGGGUCGGCUCCUGCCGACACAGUGACGUGCUGCCAGAUUAGUCCCCACUAGCACACUCCCUGCCCCCCACCUCUACUGAUCAGGUCUUGGGGUGUUCCCUGUAGGGCCCAGGCUGAGAAUGGAGCUGCAGUACCCGCCCCGCCCCACCCGCCCAGCCCCGCCCAGGUCUGGUGCUGAGGAUGCAGCUCCUCUCAGGGUCUGAAGUCUCCAAAUCUGAAAUGUAUAUUUUUGCUAGGAGCCCCAGCUUCCCGUGUUUUUAAUAUAAAUAGUGUAUACAGACUGACGGAACUUUAAAUAAAUGGGAAUUACGUAUUUA